AUGUCCCCAUUUUGGAUCCUUUACUCUUCCUGGUUCUGGUUCUCUGGUCCGGGUUCUUCGGUUCUGGCUAUCUUGUUGCAUCUGAUAUCGGGCAGCUUUAUUUCUUCUCUCAGUUUGAGUCUUCCUCUUCCAUGCUUUUUAGCCUUCUUCCUGAUUAAGCCCUUUCUCCUUGAUGUUUUUAGAAAAUUUUCCAUUUGCGUUUUAUGCGAUGAUCUAUAUAGCGGUUGCAGCACCCAAGAUCUUGGCAUGGAAGGCGAAUCCGCUAUUACUUGCCGCAAUCUCAAACUAUGGUCCUCUGCUCAUCUUCCUUCGGUGACUCAGCCUGUUCAAUCUUCUUCGAUGGCUUGGGAACUCGUACAAAUUGACCUCGAUUCGUCUACUUCGAGGGCUGAUUUGUCUUACAAGAUUCUGCUCGAUGCCUCUAGCUACUAUCGCGUCGCUUCCAUUUUUGAGUUUGAUGUUCAUGUUUUCCACAUAGUCAUUCUGUUCACUGAUUCGUCUAUUUUUCUUGGGCCUAUAGAUUUUUUGGACGACGAUCUUUGCUCUGGCAUCUUUUCCUGUAAUUAGAGUUGCACUAAGCAGAGUAUUGGACGCAUCGGUGAGUCGGCAACUCUUUGCAAGAACAGCGAGCUCUGGGUCUCAUCCUUACCUAACUCGGAUAAGCUUCCCUCAAACAACUCGCCCCGACUUACCUCGCACUUUGCCUUCGGCUCCUCUAACUCCUCGCUGAUGGGUUGGAGAAUGGCUCAGAUAGAACUGCCUUCGACGGAGAAUAGUGCUUUUAAG